GAUAAGGGAGUAAUAUAGACCUUUUGUCUAGGAACGUGCAACCAAUGGUGAGAAAUAUCUCCAAUACUAACACAAGUUGUGAAAUGCCAUUUUAACCAUAAGAUGGGGCUCAGUUUACAUAUGCUCUCUGUACACAUUUCUUCUUCUAUUACAAUAACUGAAACAUUGAAAUCUAGAGAUUGCAAUGCCUUGUGUACAAGCAUUUAUCCUUGUGGUUCUACCAAGUCAAAAGAACCUGCAGCCAGAAGAGUGCUCAAGGUAUCUUCCGCGGUUUUAGAAACAGCAGCAUCUAUUGCAGUUGCUGCUACUGUUGUGGGGGCUGCCGCAACUAUUCUUGUGAGGAGAAAUAAAGCUUCUGAACCAAUUGAGGCCCCGCUGAGAAUCUGUGAGGAUUGUGGUGGCUCUGGAGUUUGCGCAGAAUGCAGAGGGGAAGGAUUUGUGCUAAAAAAGAUGUCGGAUGAAAAUGCUGAAAGAGCAAGACUGAUGGCAAAAAAUGCAGCUACCAGAUAUACAGCAGGGCUUCCGAAAAAGUGGGGCUACUGUAUGAAAUGCAAUGCUGCCCGAUCCUGUAGUUCAUGUGGCGGCGUUGGCAAGUUGAACUAAUUGUUCUUCAUUAGACAGACAUUUGUCAGAGACUUAGAGUCUCACUAAUGUUCCAAAUGGUGGGACAUGACACAUUGCCACAAUACAAAUUCAAUUGUGUCUCAGUGUCUUCUUCAUCAGAAACAUAUUGUGGCAAUGCACAGGGAAGAGAAUGAAGAAUAUAUAGGCUUAAUACAUAUUCAAUUACUUUAUCAAACAUUCAGGCCUCAGUUUGUACUUAAUGAAAGUCUGAAUUUGAAUGAUUCAGACAUUAGAUUAUGAAGUACAUUUGUUUUCAUUAAGAUUUUAAGCACUUAAAGGUCGUUUGUUUGGGUGUAUUUGGAGAUAUAGGUCAUGGAUUAUGUAUGGUACUAUUUAGUAUUAUAUUUGGUGGAAAUUUUGGAUCUAUGUAUAA